CCCUAUCUCACGGUUCCAGCGCAACACUCUUCCUGCAGACAACAUACACACUGCACGAGGCGCUUCGCUCACACACCAGCAGCACGUCGCCACAGCUGUAGCAGCGCUGCUCAGUCUCCGGGGGCUGUGGGAGAUCCGAGCGAACAGGGAAGCAGGGCCCACGGGGAGUCGGGCACCCAGCAGUGGGAGGCUUGGCAGGAGUCAGGACAUUCACACCGAGCGAACACCGGGGGGAAACCGACACUGAGAGAGGAAGACGGGAGGGAGGCACCUUCUGAAAAAGGCACACAACUCUCUCUUUCCUCCUCAUUUCAAAACACUUCCGCGUUAAAAUGGCUGACCGCGAGCAGGGCAGCAGCGACGGAGAGAGCUCGAGCACCGGGGGAUCGGAGCGGCGGGAGAGCGGGGCCGCGAGGGGCUUCGCGCGCCAAGGAGCUCUGCGCCAGAAGAACGUGCACGAGGUCAAGGACCACAAGUUCAUCGCGCGCUUCUUCAAGCAGCCCACGUUCUGCAGCCACUGCACGGACUUCAUCUGGGGGUUCGGGAAGCAAGGUUUCCAGUGUCAAGUGUGUUGUUUCGUGGUCCAUAAACGCUGUCAUGAGUUCGUCACCUUCUCCUGUCCGGGGGCCGACAAGAACGCAUCAGACGACCCGAGGAGUAAACACAAGUUUAAGGUCCAUACCUACUCCAGCCCUACGUUCUGUGACCACUGUGGAUCCCUACUCUACGGGUUGAUACACCAGGGCAUGAGAUGUGACCAUUGUAUGAUGAACAUCCACAACCGAUGUGUGUCUAACGUUCCCAGUCUGUGUGGAACGGACCACACUGAGAGGAGAGGACGCAUCCAGAUCACCGCAGAUAUCAAGGACAACAAACUCACCGUCUACAUCCAGGAGGCUUGUAACCUGGUCCCCAUGGACCCUAACGGUCUGUCUGACCCCUACGUGAAGCUCAAACUAAUUCCCGACCCCAAGAGUGACACCAAGCAGAAGACCAAGACCAUCAAGUGUAACCUGAAUCCCACCUGGAAUGAGAGCUUCACAUUUCCUCUGAAGGACUCUGAUAAGGACCGUCGUCUGUCGGUGGAGAUCUGGGACUGGGAUCUGACCAGCAGGAACGACUUCAUGGGAGCGCUCUCAUUCGGCAUCUCAGAGCUCCAGAAACAAGGAGUGGAUGGAUGGUUUAAAUUGUUGUCCCAGGAGGAGGGAGAAUACUUUAAUGUUCCUGUCCAACCAGACGGAGAAGACGGCAACGAGGAACUACGACAAAAGUUUGAGAGGGCUAAGAUUGGUCCCGGGAAGAACACAGACGGCUCCUCCUCUAACUCCACCUCUAAGUACGAUAGCAACGGUAACCAGGACCGCGUCAAACUGACAGACUUCAACUUCAUUAUGGUGUUGGGCAAGGGCAGCUUUGGGAAGGUGAUGUUAGCAGAGCGUAAAGGAGCAGACGAGCUGUACGCUGUAAAGAUCCUGAAGAAGGACGUGGUGAUUCAGGAUGAUGAUGUGGAGUGCACCAUGGUGGAGAAGAGGGUCCUGGCCCUGUCCGGGAAACCUCCCUUCCUCACACAGCUCCACUCCUGCUUCCAGACCAUGGACAGGUUAUAUUUUGUGAUGGAGUAUAUCAACGGAGGAGACCUCAUGUAUCAGAUCCAGCAGGUCGGCAAGUUCAAGGAACCCCACGCUGUGUAUCUCCUCUUCUUCCUCCAUUCCAAAGGCAUCGUUUACCGGGAUCUGAAGCUGGACAACGUCAUGCUGGAUGCAGAAGGCCACAUUAAGAUCGCUGACUUUGGGAUGUGCAAAGAGAACAUGUUAGACGGUGUCACCACCAAGACCUUCUGUGGGACCCCAGACUACAUCGCUCCUGAGAUCAUAGCUUACCAGCCCUAUGGGAAGUCUGUGGACUGGUGGGCCUUUGGAGUUCUGCUCUACGAGAUGCUGGCUGGACAGCCUCCGUUCGAUGGUGAGGACGAGGAUGAGUUGUUUCAGUCCAUCAUGGAGCAUCACGUCUCCUACCCCAAGUCCAUGUCCAAGGAGGCUGUCGCCAUCUGCAAAGGGUUGAUGACUAAGCACCCAGGGAAGCGUCUGGGCUGUGGUCCGGAGGGGGAGAGGGAUAUAAAGGAACACGCUUUCUUCCGUUACAUGGACUGGGACAAACUGGAGAACAAGGAAGUCCAGCCGCCCUUCAAACCCAAAGCUAAGAACCGUCGGGACACGGGGAACUUUGAUAAAGAGUUCACUAAGAUGGCGGUGGAACUGACUCCUACAGACAAACUGUUCAUAAUGAACCUCGAUCAGAACGAAUUCCAGGGAUUCUCCUACACCAACCCAGAGUACAUCAUACAGGUUUAACCCUAUAGAUGAUAUAACAUGAUACUCACCAACCCAGAGUACAUCAUACAGGUUUAACCCUGUAGAUGAUAUAACAUGAUACUCACCAACCCAGAGUACAUCACACAGGUUUAACCUUAUAGAUU